AUGUUGGUAGUGCUCGCAGGCAAGCAUGCCACCUUUGAGGACAAUGGUCGCUCCUGCUCCAACCAAAGCCCCUUCUCUACCUCCUCUCACCUCCUUCCACCGCAUCCCACCCCCUUCCACCCACCCCUUCCAUUACAUGUCCGGGAGAAGCUGGCUCAGGGGUCAGUAGAGGAGAUUGCAGAUCCCCGCAUGGGCCCCAUCCCUCCAGACGCCCCUCCAGACGCCCUGCAGCGCAUACUAGACCUGGCCAUACGCUGCACUGCCACCUUCACUGCCGAUCGCCCUUCCAUGGGCCGCAUAGCCCAGGAGAUGGAGGCGCUUCGAUCCGAGGUGUGUGGUGGAGAGGAAAAGGUGCAUAAGUCUCACAAGGUGGUGGAUGCAGAGUUGAAGGAGAGGAUGCAGGAGCAGAGGCAGUUCAGUGAGACGAUGGUGAGUGUGCUCGCGUCGAUGAACUCUGGGAGCAUAGGGAGCGUGAGCAGCUUGUGGAAUACCAGAGAGCCGGGGAAAACAGGGGACAUGAGUGGUACAGGUGUGCCUCUACCAGACGUGUGA